AUGCGUUAUGUUGAGGGUACCAUUGAUCAUGGCUUACAUUUAUAUUCAUUUGCUUCUCAUCGUUUGAUUACUUACACUGACGCUGACUGGGAGGUUGUCUCGAUACCCGUCAUUCCACAUCGGGUUAUUGCUGCUUUCUUGGGGACAACCUCAUUUCUUGGUCAUCUAAGCGUCAACAUACUUUAUCUAAAUCGAGUGCAGAAGCAGAAUAUCGAGGUGUCACAAAUGUUGUCUCUGAGGCAUGUUGGCUUCGUAAUCUUUUUACUUGAGUUACAUUGUCGACUUCGACAAGUUACUAUUGUUUAUUGUGAUAAUGUCAGUGCUAUGAUGCCUAUCUACCUUUCUGGAAACCCGGUACAACGCCAACGCAUCAUGCAUGUGGAGAUGAAUAUUCAUUUUGUUCGAGAAAAGGUUGCUUUGAGACAAGUUCAGGUUCUACAUGUUCCUUCUAGAUAUCAGUUUGCGGACAUUUCACAAAAGGCCUACCACAAGACUUAUUUUUGGAUUUUAGAUCCAGCCUUAGCGUACGACCUCCUCCCGUUAUGA